CCUUAGUCAACACCAGUGGAGGACACUUCACAACACAGAGAGUUGUGGUUUUUGAGGUUAUGCCUUUCAGCACCUCGUCGCAUUCAGGACUCUCGACACACCUCUGCGGAGGCUCCGCGAGCAAAUAGCGCGUCAAGUGCUUCCCAGUGAUGGACAACCUCUGACACUACGUCUGGACACGUCUGAGUCGGAGAGAGCGGGAGAGAGACAAGAGGGCAGCGUGAGAAGUGAAAGUGUGAUGGCUUUCUCCACAAGAGCAUCUCAAUUAAGACUGUCAAAGCAGCAGGGGAUUUAAGUGGAAGAGAGAAGGAAACAAAGAAACCAAAAAAAGCCUGAAACAAUUAUCUGCCAACAUAGCACAUACUGGGAAGCAUCCACUCUUAAUCAUGAAGCUCCCUCUGUUGGUCCUGCUGGCAACGUUCCUGGCUCCCGGACCUGGGCCCGCCGUUCAGGGAAAGGCCCAGGAGUUUGAGAGCCACGGCGACGCCCUGGAACCGGAGUUCAUGUACGCGGAGCGUCCCAAGCGCGCCGUGGACACGGCCGUCCCCGUCGCCCCCGCCACAGGCGCCGGCGCUGCCGCCUCUCAGACAGACAAGUGCUCCUACACCUUCAUCGUCCCCCAGCAGAAGGCCACCGGUGCCAUCUGCGUCAACUCGAGGUCCCCGGAGGGCCAGGUGGACACGCGCGUGAACAAGCAGGAGGUGGAGGUGCUGAACGGCGAGCUGCAGAAGCAGCGGCGUCAGAUCGAGUCGCUGCAGCAGCUGGUGGAGGUGGACGGCGGCGUGGUGAACGAGGUGAAGCUGCUGCGCAAGGAGAGCCGCAACAUGAACUCCCGCGUCACGCAGCUCUACAUGCAGCUGCUGCACGAGAUCAUCCGCAAGCGCGACAACGCCCUGGAGGUGGCGCAGCUGGAGAACCGCGUGCUCAACCACACCACCGAGAUGCAUCAGCUGGUGGGACGCUACCGGGACCUGGAGCACAAGUACACGCACCUGGCCUCCCUCGCCAGCAACCAGAGCGCCAUCAUCGUGCAGCUGGAGGAGCACUGCCGCAGGACGCACGGCUCCGGAGGGGAGCGCGAGCGCGAGAGGCCUGCGCCACGUGCGAGGCAGCCGUUGCCACCGCAGCAGCAGCCCCCGGUGAUGCCCCAGCAUCCUCCACAGCGCCCGCAGUCGCCCAUGUCUCCGGCAAGGCCGUACCACCCGCCCACGUACACACGCAAUAGCAACAACCAAUUAACCAACGAGAUACAGAGCGACCAGAACGCCAAGGCCUUGCUGCAACCCAUGCCGACGAUGCCGUACGGAACCCAGAGCUCGUCCUCCACAGACAAACCUUCUGGACCCUUCAAGGACUGCCUGCACGCUUUGGAAGAAGGCCACACCAACACUGGCAUGUACUUGGUGAAGCCAGAGAACGCUAAUCGGCUGAUGCAGGUGUGGUGCGACCAGAGACACGACCCAGGCGGCUGGACCGUCAUCCAGAGACGCGUGGACGGAUCGGUCAACUUCUUCAGAAACUGGGAGACGUAUAAGCAAGGCUUUGGCAACAUUGAUGGUGAGUACUGGCUGGGCCUGGAGCACAUCUACUGGCUGACCAACCAGGGAAACUAUAAGCUGCUGGUGACCCUUGAGGACUGGUCGGGCAGGAAGACUUUCGCAGAGUACGCCAGCUUCCGCCUCGAGCCCGAGACGGAGUUCUACAAGCUGAGGGUGGGUCGUUACAACGGUAACGCCGGGGACUCUCUGACCUGGCACAACGGGAAACAGUUCACUACCCUGGACCGAGAUCACGACAUGUACACAGGCAACUGUGCCCACUACCAGAAGGGAGGCUGGUGGUAUAACGCCUGUGCCCAUUCCAACCUUAACGGUGUGUGGUACAGGGGUGGGCACUAUCGCAGCCGCUACCAGGAUGGCGUGUACUGGGCAGAGUUCCGCGGCGGGGCUUACUCCCUGAAGAAGGUCACCAUGAUGAUUCGGCCAAACCCCAACACAUUCCAUUAGAACCAUCCCUUCCUAAUGACUGCAGUUACCAGAAAAAACAAGUGCAAUUAAACUAAGUUAAAUAUCUUUUUUUCUUUUCUUUUUAAUUUUGUUUUAUUACUUUCAUCAAUAUGCAUUCAUGCACAGUAUACUACAAUGGUAAAGCGUAAAAAAACGUAUGAAAUGAAAGAGCUCGUUCCAGAAGCCUCCGGUGGGACUGGACACUCCAGAGCCGGUCAGGAGGCACAGGGACUCAUGGAGCUCUGGUUGUAUGGAGCCAGGUUCUCUUUUCCCUUUUUGUUGUUUUGUUUUGUUUUAAAAAAAAAAAAUAUGGACUAUUGGACAGGCGAGCCCACAGUCAGUUUGAAUCGGACAAGCAGACAAAGCAGUGGAAACCGGACACUGAGUAAGGCCUAACCUCAUCUGUCAGCCGUGGCCUUCUGCGAGCCACCCCACAGAGAAAUGCAGUUUCCACAUGUGGUGAUGAAGGCAUGACGGGGAGAGCCGCUAGUUUCCUGUGAGGGAAAAAAGAACCCCGUGGGCCGCCUAACUCUGAAGCAGCGACCGUGCUCACUGCUCAAGACCAGUGGGCCGCCUCACUCUGGAGUAGCGACCGUGCUCACUGCUCAAGACUAUGACAAGGGGGAGGAAGAGGGUGGGUUGGGGAUGGGGGGGGGAACGCUUCUCGAUUCGUUGUUGUUUAUUUGUUCUUGUCCACAGCACAAUCUGUGCACAGAGUAUUAAAUGUGAUGAAUGUGAUGUAGUAUGUUUAUAUGUGAUGUAAUGCCCCUGAAUAUGACAUGAUACAGUUACUCAAACCCCAAACACGUGUGCUGCAGUUUUUAUGUUCUCCGUCGAACCAACCCCAAGCCUGACCCACUGGCAUACAUUCAUGUGGGAUAAGCCCACUAUUGACAUCAGCUGUUACAACGUUAGGAUUUCCUUCAAGAUGACUGGUCGGCUUCAUGUCUUCCCAAGAUUAAAGGAAGUUUGUUAUUAUUCAUUCAAUUCAAUAUGCUGACGUAAAAUGAACACACAUUGGAAUGAAUAAAACGAAUCAAUUGCAUAUUCUGGAUAAGAACCUCGUAUACGUGUUCCGUUGCUCAACUGCCUCCUUAAUUUAAAAACUGGUCUCUGAAUUAUGACUGAUUGAGGUACUAUCUACACGUGACAACUAUACUCUCUCAUUAGAAAGUUAAUUUGACUUGAGAGAUCCAUGUUUGCAACAAGCUGCCAAUUUAGAAAUCAAGGGUUUGUGUCACACCCAAACAUUUUAUUACAACCCGAUCUCCAGCAAAAUUAUCCCACAUGUUCAGCAGGCGUGGCACGAGGCAGAUGGUUUGCUUCAGGGCAAUGGAGGAAGGCUGGUCUGGGUGUGUCAUUGCUCAUAUACCAUCAUAACAGAGAGAUGAGCUUCCUUUCUCUUUGUAAGUGUGCCGUCUCCUCGAAUUAUAUGGUGGAACGAUCACUCUAUGGUGCAGUAAAUAGAUGCAUUUAUGACUUCUGUACCUCGUUACCUUAAAAAUACCUUACAUUAAAAAUAAUAAAGGUUAGUAAAAAUAAUAAAGUUUAGUAAAAAUAAUAAAGAACAAUAUGGCAGUGACUGGCAGGGCACAGUUUGUUAUUUUUAUAUAAAAACGCAGGGUAUAGCAGUCCCAGAAUCAAAUCAGCAGUUUAUCAGCUCAUAAAUCAUAGCAAGACCAUUCAGCCUCACUGAUAACUCACAACAAUAAAUCUUCUGUUAAAAAAUGUUAGUGUCAGAA